AUGAGCGCCACGGGAAAUAGUGAACUGGGCAAUUUUACUUCAGCCUUAUCCUCUACCAUCAGUACUCAAGUACAACAGCAAUCUCUUCCAUCUUCUGCACUUUGGAACAUUACCCUAUGGACUUUGAGCGCCAUUGCAAACAGCACUGAAGCAACGACCGCAUAUCCACUCAACGGAUCUUUGACCACUGUCACCAGCAAUGUGACGUCACUACCAACCAAUAUGACGUCAUCAUCAAUCAACGUGACGUCACAGCCCACAUAUCCUCGCAGUUCCCUCCCUCUGUAUCAUCUCAUCGUGAACGUGUUCAUCGUAGGCUCCAUAUGUCUCGCUGGGAUUACAGGAAACGUGCUUUCGAUUAUAGUCUUCUCAGUGAACAAGGAGCGCUCCUCGACGUUCGAGCUGCUCCGAGCGCUAGCCGUUGCCGACUGCCUCCUCUUGAUGCUGUUGUUCAUUCAUUACGUGGUGCCCAGCAUUUACCCCUACACAGGAUAUCUUAAAUGGUACAUGGACUUCAUUCCCAAGAUGAUGCGAUAUACCUGGCCAACAGGAUACGUUUUCAUGACGAUAUCAAAUUGGCUUAUCUUGGCUGUGGCAGUGGACCGCUAUCACGCCGUCUGUCGGCCAUUCAAGGCUAGUGAAUUCUGCACUCUCAAGAGGGCCCGGAUAACCAUCGUCAUUGUUGUCAUCAUGGCAAUUCUGUUUAUUUUGCCAAAUUACCUUGGUGCGAUUCGGAUCGGAUUUUUUCCCUGUGUUAACAACCCAACCGCUUACUGUUUCUAUAACAUAUUCAUCGAUAACUUGGUCUAUGGAAUAGGGUAUCGAAUAGUUCUGCACCUUCUGUGCUUAUACGUCGUGCCUAUUACAAUCCUUGUUUAUGUGAACUAUAAUCUGAUCCUUGCUCUUAAAAGGGCAGAUGCCAGACGGAAAACUAUGACGAAAAGAGAAAAAGAGGCCACGGAGUCUCGGAGUCUUACGCGGUCGUUUAUUGUGGUCAUCAUGAUUUAUCUUGGGUGUGCGACUCCGACAUUUUUGUCUCAGUUCUUCCUGGCGUUCCGAGCUUUCAUCGAUCCACAGAUUUUAGUCAACUAUCAGUACUACUUCAGCAUCAAUAUUGUUCUGAUCGUGAUUAAUUCGGCUGCCAAUUUUUUCGUUUAUGCUUUCAUUGGUGCACGUUUUCGACAAAUCCUGUUCAGCAUUAUUUGUUGCUGCCGCCCUGCUCUACGUCAUCAGGGGUCAGUGUCGAGUCUGCGCAGCCAUCAGAACGCCGCAAAUAGGUUAAGCGUUUUAAGUAAAGAGUCGCGUUCAAGUAUAGCAACUGUCGAUGACGGAAUCGACAGUUCUCAGUGA